CCCACUCCACCUCGGUGUCCAGCUCUCUUCCUGCGCAGUUCUCCUCCGCAGCCUCUGCGGGGAAGCGCCGGGGCUGCUCUCAAGGCUCAGUUCUUAGGGCUGCAAGGAGGCAGCCCCGGCUUGCUGCCGUACGCACCAUCUAGAGUGGCCGGGGCGCGGGAGUGCACCGUUCUCCUGACCCUGAGAGGGUCGUCGCGCCACAGGAGCAGCCCCGUGGCCAGCAGUUACCGCCGCCCGACUUUCCGUUCCAGUUGCAGCUCCUCCCGGGCAACAUGUCAAGAGCCACCGCCGCUACAGCUGCCGCCGCCACCUGGGGAAGAGCAGCAGCAGCAGCAGCGGCGGCCGCGGGCACGCGGGGGCAAUAAAGCAAGCCACCCGGGCGUCCAGCGGGCCAGGGAACCCUUUCCGCGCUCACUGCUCCGGCGGGACCUGCGCCAUGUGCUGAGCCAUGUCCCUGGCCGCGCCCGCGGGCAGCGCAUGGGGCAGCGCCUGAGCGGCGGCCGAUCUUGCCUCGAUGUCCCCGGCAGCCUCCUGCCGCAGCCGCCGCCGUCCCCGCCGCCGGUGAGGAGGAAGCUCGCGCUGCUCUUCGCCAUGCUCUGCGUCUGGCUCUACAUGUUCCUGUACUCGUGCGCCGGCUCGUGCGCCGCCGCGCCCGGGCUGCUGCUGCUGGGCUCGGGGUCCCGCGCCGCUCACGCCCCGCCAGCCCUGGCCACUGCUCCGGACGGGACGCUCCCCCGGCUGCCGUUCCGGGGGCCGCCCGUCACUCAGCUGGCUGCGGGCAAGGGGAUGGCUGAGGGCGCAGAGAGUCAGGAGGAACAGAGUCCUGAGGCGCAGGACUCCCCCAGCCCCAUCUCCAGCUUUUUUAGCGGGUCUGGGAGCAAGCAGCUGCCGCAGGCCAUCAUCAUCGGCGUGAAGAAGGGCGGCACGCGGGCGCUGCUGGAGUUCCUGCGCGUGCACCCCGACGUGCGCGCCGUGGGCGCGGAGCCCCACUUCUUCGACCGCAGCUACGACAAGGGCCUCGCCUGGUACCGGGACCUGAUGCCGAGGACCCUGGAGGGGCAGAUCACCAUGGAGAAGACGCCCAGCUACUUCGUGACGCGGGAGGCGCCCGCGCGCAUCUCGGCCAUGUCCAAGGACACCAAGCUCAUCGUGGUGGUGCGGGACCCGGUGACCAGAGCCAUCUCGGACUACACGCAGACGCUGUCCAAGCGGCCCGACAUCCCCAGCUUCGAGAGCCUGACGUUCAGGAACAGGACGGCCGGCCUCAUCGACACGUCGUGGAGCGCCAUCCAGAUCGGCAUCUACGCCAAGCACCUGGAGCACUGGCUGCGCCACUUCCCGCUCGGCCAGAUGCUCUUCGUGAGCGGCGAGCGGCUCAUCAGCGACCCGGCCGGCGAGCUGGGCCGCGUGCAGGACUUCCUGGGCCUCAAGAGGAUCAUCACGGACAAGCACUUCUACUUCAACAAGACCAAGGGCUUCCCCUGCCUGAAGAAGGCCGAGGGCAGCAGCCGGCCGCACUGCCUGGGCAAGACCAAGGGCCGGACGCACCCGGCCAUCGACGGCGAGGUGGUGCGCAGGCUGCGCGACUUCUACCGGCCGUUCAACCGCAAGUUCUACCAGAUGACCGGGCACGACUUCGGCUGGGACUGAACGGCCUGGGCCGAGUAACUUACCAUGUGGCUUAUGUAUUGAGAGAGAGUAUAUGUAUGUAAAAUGUACAGAAAUCUAUUUUAUAAUAAUUUAUUUUUAAUUCAUAAGCAAUUAAUUCACUAAGCUGCCUGGCCACACUCUUUAGAGAGUUAGCGUCAUAAUCUGUUAACAUUCCAAAGUGUUGGACUCUAGUAUUUUGUUCUAUUCUUCACAACUGAUGGUGCUUCUGUUUUUUUUUUUUUUUCUCCCCUCCCUAUUAUAUUUAAAAAGAAGAAAAGCACAACUUGAGAUUUUGGUUGUUACGGGUAUUCAGUCUUCAAUCGCCAUCUGAGUCCUCCAGUUGUUGCCUCUUUGUGUCUUGGGUCUCAUACUCCAGCGUCCUGUCUUCCCGCCCACGUACCUCGUAGGAGCGCUGAGCUGCCUCAACAGUGCUGUAUUCUGAAGGUCAGACCUCACGUGGCAGCUGCCGUGCAGAUGUGGUGUCAUUUCGAAUGACUCCAACCACAGAGCUAGGGUUUUUCCCCACCUCCACUCAGCACGUAGGGGAAUCACUCACUUCCUUUUUUGGAACACCCACAUCCUUUUAGGGUCAGAACGCCAGGGGCCAUUUGCUUUAGCUUUCGAUUUUGAAGGAUGGCCCAGCAUCCUCUUCUUCCCCAUUCCCUGCCUCAUUAACCAGCUUGAAGGGUAUGCAAAUGUUAGCCCCUCUCUUUCCCAGGUCACGUGUUUGAGUUGCUUGGGUGCUGCUUUAGAAAUAAGGAUGAUCUCUAGUUCUAAUUUGCAUGAGAGCACACCAUGCUCCAUUCUCCAGGCAGAGGGUUCUGCUUCGACACACCAAAGAAUCCCAUAGGCUAGCAGAGCCACCAGCACAAACCAAGGAUGCCAGGUGUCAAGACCCAGUGGCAUCAGAUGUGUCCCUUACCAGCAGCACCUACCAAGGUACUGCUAGGUUCAGAGUCAGCCAGUGUUAGGCAAUAGGCCCAUAGCCUUAGUAGGGUGAAAAGACGAAGACCCAAGAAUAACAGGCAGCCUGGCAUGGGGAGGGAAGCCCUGGCGCCCUGCUUAAUGUCUCCUUGGAAUUCCUAGUUUAUCUCAGAAUGACAUCUCAGAGUGACAACACGGUCUGUAGUCAAUAGCCAAACAGCAAGAACCAAGAGUGGCCCUUGUAAAGACAGGUUGGGGAAGCUGGCCCCAUGUUACCUGUGAAUACUUGAACCUAACACUUGUACAGCUGUCCCUUGUUUUAGCCAGGUCUUGACAGAAGGGUUACCAGCAUUGUCGCUGCUGUGCAGAAUGGUCUCCACGUAUCUCUCAGGUGAGAGAGGUAUUGGGGAUCAUUUAUGAUGAUUAGACAGUUGGAUAACCACAUAGCAAUUUAGGGGCAGUUGGUUAAAUAUAUAGCAAUAUCACAUAAUGACAUAUUCAGCUUAUCCUCAACUUUCUAAACCAGAACGCUUCUGCCAGAAAAGAGUUGGUAUUUGAGUUAUACUUUCAUCAAGGGAUAUGUGGGGAUAUGUCUAUCUAUCUAU